AUGACCCGAGCAUCAGACAACAUCAUUUUAGCUCCUUGGACAUUCGCCAGCACCAUCAACAGCAUCUUCAUCAUGGAUAAGCCUAUUCGUCGCGUCGUCACCGCCCAUGACGCUCAAGGCAAGGCACACUUCGCAUCGGAUGAGAUUUUGACUCCAUACGACCCAAAUACCGCGCCUGAUUUCACUACCCCGGGUCCAGACGCCGGCUUCGGUGUCAUCCAAAUCCAUCGGUCGCGCGGCUUCCCAGUUGACAACAUGCGACCAUUUGAUGACCCACACAAAACACUCGUUCCUCUGGCCGAUACAAAGGGUCCUUCUUGUCGCAUCAUCGAUCUACCGCCUGCUGAACAGGGAUGGAUGCACCGCACUUUGAGUCUCGACUACUUCGUGGUUCUCUCUGGUACUGUCGGUCUUGUUACCGAUGGCGGAGCUGAGAAGAUGCUCAAGCCGCAUGAUGUUGUUGUUUGUCGUGGUACAAACCAUGAGUGGGUUAACCGUGGCAAGGACUUUGCUAGGGUGUUUGGUGUGGUCGUUCCGAGUAAAGAAAUUGUUACUGCGGAUGGGGUGAGAUUGGAAAAGACACCUGCUGGGCCUAUUUACGAUCCUCCUGAGGAGUAG